AUGGUCACCUCAGAGGAAGAGCAGCUCACCAACCUGGGUUCAAAUUGGAUUCUUCACAUCAUUAAUGAGUUAAUAUUUGCUGAUUCCAAAAAAAAGUAUGAAUACCCAGAAUUCCCAGUUCUUGAAUGCGGGGACCCAGAAAAAUACCAGAGAAUGAAACAGUUUCCAUCGCCAAGGAUUUUGGCAACUCACCUCCAUUAUGACAAAUUACCUGCGUCCAUCUUCAAGCAGAAAGCCAAGAUAUUGGUGAUAUUUCGAAAUCCCAAAGAUACAGCGGUAUCAUUUUUCCAUUUCCACAAUGAUGUCCCCAAUAUUCCAAGUUACAGUUCUUGGGAUGAAUUCUUCAGACAGUUUAUGAAAGGACAAGUUUCUUGGGGAAGCUAUUUUGAUUUUGCAAUUAAUUGGAACAAACAUCUUGAGGAUGAAAAUGUUAAGUUCAUAUUAUAUGAAGACCUGAAAGAGAAUCUGGCCGCUGGAAUAAAACAAAUUGCUGAGUUCUUUGGAUUUUCUUUAACUGGGGAGCAGAUUCAAACUAUCUCGGCUCAGAGUACCUUCCAGGCAAUGCGAGCAAAGUCCCAGGAAACGCAUGGGGCUGUUGGCCCAUUCCUGUUCCGUAAAGGUGAAGUUGGUGAUUGGAAAAAUUUGUUCAGUGAAACUCAGAACCAAGAAAUGGAUGAAAAAUUCAAAGAGUGCUUAGCAGGCACUUCCCUACAAGCAAAGUUCAAGUACGAGUCAUAUUUCCAGGCUUGAUCCUGGUCAGUUCAACAGGGCUGGUAUUUUAUUUUCCUUCAUAAUAACUGAAUUUAAAUAAUUAAAUAACAAUCAGAUCAAAUAAUCAAAUGAUGCUAAAUGGCAACAUUUAGGUACACAUAAUACAAAUGUAGUAAUAACAACUGAAGUUUUUGAUCACCAACUUAAAUUUGUUGACCUUUUGAGGAAAGGCCACUUAGCUACAAAAGGGAUACUUAAAAGCAUCUAUCAAACAUAAAGAUUAAAAAAGACCUUUUAUAUAUUAAAAAAAGUGGGAGAAAUAGUACCUAACAUACGUGCACUACAAGAAAUAUUAGAGAAAGUGCUAUAAGCAAAAGGAAAAUGGUACCAGAUGGAAAUUUUAAUCUACACAAAGGAAUAAAGAGCACCAGAAAUGGUGAAUAUGUGGGUAUAUAUAAGAGAGAUUUUCCUCAUUUUAAAAUCUCUUUGAAAGAUUAAUUGCCUAUUCAAAGCAAAAGUAAUAGCAAUGUAUUCUGCAAUUUAUUAUAUAUGUAGAAGUAAAUGUAUGAUAACAAUGGCACAAAGCAUGGGAGAGGGGUAACAGAAGUAUAUUCUUUUACAUUUUGGAAAGAAAUUUGAUAAAAUUAUAUGUCUAUAUACCUUACAAUCCAGCAAUUAUACACCUAGGGAUAUACUCUGGAAAAACACUCCGUCAUUUGCAUAAGGAUACAUGUAGGAAAAUUUUUAUUGCGGUAUUAUUUGUAAAUAGUGAGAAAUUUACAAACUAAACUGAGAGGACUCAAAAAAUAAAAUUACAAAUGAAAGAGGAAGCAUUACAUUUGAUAACACAGAAAUACUGAGGACUAAAAGAAACUACUAUGAACUAUUAUACACCAACAAAUUGGAUAACCUAGAA